CCAUCCUCCUACUCUCAUUUUCCAUGGCGCUCGCUCGCUCUCCCUCUCUCUCUCUCAUCUGAAAUUCUGAACAGCGAAUAAGGCUCACCUCCAGAGAGAGAGAGAGAAUUGAGUGAGCCAGCCAUGGAGAACAGACUCUCAGCUUCUCUGGGCCUCCCCUCACCCAAUCAAGACCACCACCACCACCUCCAUUCCCAAACCUCCAAUGACUUCCUUAGUCUCUUCACUCAUUUCAUCACCCCAAAUUCCCAAUCUACCCUCACCCCUACCCAAAACCACAUCCCAUUCUUUGCUUCCACCACCUCCACAACCACCUCCCCCGCCCCAAAUUGGUUCUCCAAUUCCCGACCCAACACCCGGCCCAAGACCCAGAUUUUACUGAAGAACCUCACGGUGUUCGAGCGUGCCCUCAUCGGCGCAGGCGGCGGAGGCAUCGCCGGAGCCUUCACCUACUUCUGCCUCCACCCUCUGGACACCAUCAAGACGAAGCUCCAGACCAAAGGCGCCUCAGACAUUUACGCAAACGCCUUCGACGCAGUCCUCAAGACCUUCCAGACCAAGGGCAUCUCGGGAUUUUACAGCGGCAUCUCCGCGGUUAUCGUCGGCUCCACCGGCUCCUCCGCCAUCUACUUCGGCACCUGCGAGCUGGGUAAGUCGGUGCUCUCCAAAUUACCCAACUACCCUCCCGUUCUUAUCCCUCCCACGGCCGGAGCCAUGGGCAAUAUUGUCUCUUCCGCGAUUAUGGUCCCGAAGGAGCUCAUCACGCAGAGAAUGCAAGCCGGGGCCAAAGGGAGGUCGUGGCAGGUGCUGUUGAAGAUCCUGGAAAACGACGGUGUCUUGGGUCUGUACGCAGGGUACUCUGCGACAUUACUGAGGAACUUGCCUGCGGGUGUCUUGAGCUAUUCUUCGUUCGAGUAUUUGAAAUCUGCGGUUCUGAGCAAGACGAAGCAAACCCAUUUGGAGCCGAUACAGAGCGUGAUCUGUGGGGCAUUGGCCGGUGCAAUAUCGGCCUCCAUGACGACUCCGCUUGAUGUGGUGAAGACGAGGCUGAUGACUGGUGCUGCAAAGAGUGGGGUUUCGGGGACGGUGAAGCAGAUUUUAACGGAGGAAGGGUGGGUGGGGUUGACGAGAGGAGUUGGGCCCAGAGUUCUUCACAGCGCUUGCUUUUCUGCUUUGGGUUACUUUGCGUUCGAGACUGCCAGGCUUGCCAUUUUGAAUCAGUAUAUUAAGAGGAAGGAGCUGCAAAUGCAAGAAUUGGCUGUUGAUGUUGGUGUUGCUUCCUCCACAUGAUUUCAUGGUUUCUGUCACAUAAAGUAGUAUCUGUGUUGCUACAACUCCUUUUUUUUUUUUCCCUAGCAAGAAAGAGAGGGAAAAUGAUUAUCAUGCUGUAGGAUUGAAGGCACAAUCAAUAAGAAGCACCUUAUUGGAGGGAAAAUGGAAAACUGAGUUACGUAAUUGUGUUUAACAUAGCAUUCCAAGGUACAAUUUCAUCAUCCACAGUGAAAAUGGAGGUAAAAUUAACUGUUUUUUGCUUUCUAAACCGUAUACUUACGGCACGAAAAACUUUUAGUAGCCUGAUUCUGGAUGAUGGGUAUGUAUCUUGAAUUUCUGAUGCAAGUCAUAAUACAAAGGAGCUAUAAAGUUUUGUAGGACUUUAUUCUGAAUGCUUCUUGCUGCAAUGGAAGCUUGGGUGUUUUUGAUUGGUUUAUUAGACCGCAAAUUGUUGCCUUGAAGGCAUAAGUCAAAGGCCCCAGGACAAUCUGGUAUGAAAUAUUUACUGUUAAUAUGAGCAUUGCUCUUCAUCCUACCCCAAAACUCA